UCUUUCGCUAAGAGAGGUAUAGUCCUCUGAUUAAUUCGCAGGGCUUCUAUCGUCCCAAGGACCUAAAGAGUAGAGGUCACGGGUAAAACGUCGUUAACAACGGCGCGAGACGAGAACCUAAGGGGAUGGCUAAACAUCAUCCAGAUUUAAUCUUCUGCCGCAAACAGGCUGGAGUAGCUAUUGGGAGACUAUGUGAAAAAUGCGAUGGCAAAUGUGUUAUCUGCGACUCUUAUGUACGGCCUUGUACACUGGUACGCAUUUGUGAUGAGUGCAACUAUGGCUCUUACCAAGGACGUUGUGUGAUAUGUGGGGGUCCUGGAGUCUCUGAUGCUUAUUACUGCAAGGAAUGUACUAUUCAAGAAAAAGAUCGAGAUGGCUGUCCCAAGAUUGUCAACUUGGGUAGUUCAAAAACAGAUCUCUUUUAUGAGCGAAAGAAAUAUGGCUUCAAGAAAAGAUGAUCCCAUCUCCACCAUGGAAGUACUUCUAAAAAAUUUUGGACUUCAUUUUUAUAGGAAAGCAAUUAAAUGUAUUUUGUUUCAAUUCUAAUAAUUUGACGGAAAAAUAUUGCCUACUAAAAAUAUUGUCAUUUUUCACUGAAAACAAAUAUUGAGUUGAAUAUUAUAAUUAGAAUCACUAAGUAAGUAAAUUGAAAUUAAGACUAUGGAUCUUGAUAGACAUAGACCUUUUUUUCUGACAGAAUUCUUUCACUGUAUAUUAGGUCAAACCCAAGGUUUUCUCAAGAAUUUGACUACCUGUUCUUUCAAUGUUAUGGUGGAUUAUGCCCCAAUAAAGUUUUAUAGUAGUCUUCUAAUGGAAACUCUCAGAUCUACACUUCUUGAUCUUGGGUUGGGUGUGUGUGACUUACUAGUUUGUUAGUUAUCAGGGAGAUAAAUUCAGGCAUAAAUUGGUAGUAGUAGCUUAACAUCCAUAGCAACAAAGGGCUAUAAACAGUAAUCUAGAAUUGCUCAGUGACUCAAGCAGCAUACAAGCUGAAUAAAUGAAUAAGGUAUUUCCCUAACUUGUGUUUCUAACAUCAGUACAAUAUGGUUAUACCAUAAAGCAAUAUUUUUUCUAAGAAAGCCUAUUUGCCCUUUGAGACAUACUCAGAUUAUUAACUUGCUUACUGUUUGGCAAUGGGGAAAUAAUAUAGUACCUGAAAUUCCUGAUGCAAACCAUGAGAAGCGGGAUUUAAAAAGUUGUAUGUGCAUCUUUUUAUUGUACAAUAGCCGUCCUGUUUACAAAAUCAUCCACAGAUCCAAAAUGUCAUCUCUGAUUAUCAGCUACCAAAUCACAGCCAAAUUUUGCAUAUGUUGUAGUCCAUUUAGAAAAAAGAAUAUGGUAAUUAUAGAGACUUUAAACACAAGGUAAUAAAACACAUAUCCACAAAUCAGGUUUAGGAAAGGAAAUAACCUCACAUCCUCCUAAUCCUUCUCUCAGGCAUUUUUAAGGUUUUUAGAAAGACAUAAUUUUCAAAUGAUUUUAUUCACUUCCAAUGUAUUUAAUGACUUAAAGCAUAUAAACUCAUAGUGCAGACUUGUUACUCAAAUGAUGUUUUGGAAUAGGACAUAACCAUGUGAUUUGCUUAACAACCACAUGAUUAGGCUGUAAUGUAACAGUGAAUCAGUUCACUGUAUUUCAGCCUCCCUCAAAACAAAACAAAUAUUUUAAGGUAACUGUACAGGCAAUAGUAAAGACAGUAUUAGGGAUUGGAGAUCAUAAAUUAUUUUAAAUAAUCUUUUGGUUAUAAGCAAAUUGCAACCAAUUUGGUAUUUUUAACAAAAUUCUAGGAAAAAGUUUAUCAUUAUAAUUGGAUAUCAUUUUAUUCGUAGGAUUAUAAAUGGAGGAACGUGUACUCUCCAGGGGUGUAUCUUCUUUACAGAGGGUAAAUUUUAUCAUUAUCACAAUAUUCCCUAAUGGACUGUUUUAUUUCAGUCCAAAUGAGUGAAUAAUUAUCAGUAAUCUCUGUGAUACAACAUAAAAGCAAGAAUACAACACAAAGUAAGCCAAAGUCAUUUCUACCCUAUACAACCUGAACCAUGAUAUCUUAAGCCCAUUUUUAUCUGUUAACUCCCUCUCCUUCCCCUGCCUUCCAUUUAUAUGUUUACCUUCAUUCCUUUUUAUGGUCACAUUAGAAUAUAAUAAUUUUGUGGAUUAGCUGUGAAAUAGAUGACUUAUUCUAAAAAAAAUUGUAUUUCUCUUGCAUGUAUUUUGUGAUCAUGCAAUGAAUAGAAAUACAUAAAAAUAUUAAACAAGCACCAGUUAUCAGACUGUGUGGAAAUUUUGGAACUCUCAUUCAUCACUUUAUGCACCCAGAGUACCUUUAGAAAUAGCCCUAGUUUCUUUGGGCUUUAAAUCAGGCAAAUGAUAAGAUUCUUUUUUUAAAAAGUAGAGGUAUUUAGAAACUAUUGUCAUCUCAUCAUGAACUAAUACCUAAAAAUUCUGCAGCAGGCUUAGACAGCUAGAAUACAGUGCAAUGAGAUUAGGUAUUAGGUAGUAUAAAACAUACAUUUUCUUUGUAGGGCUUUAGUCAUAAUUUGAAAGGAAGUACCAAAUGGAACCUGUUAAAAUAUGUGGAAAGAGAAAGAAGUGAUCUGUAGAAAACAGUCUUGUCAGGUGUCUGCUAUAAUUAAUGGGUGUUUGCAAAACAACAAUUUGCUUUUUCUGCAAUUCUCAUUCAUUGUAAUGGGAAUAUGCAAGAUGUAUUUUGUAUACAUUGGGUUCUCUUCUCAAUAUAUGCUUGUACAUAUAGUGGUUCUAUAUAAAAGUGUGUACAACUGCCUGAAAAUUGCAGUAUUUGUCCAAACCAGGAUGGAAUCAUAACUAUUAAGCUGGGGCUAGAUCAUGAGAGCAGACAUGAAAAGACCUAUUAAUAAUUAUCUGAAUCACUUAAUCAUGUGUCUAAUCUUUCUGAAUACUGUAUAUAAUGGUUAUAUGGUUAGCUUAAAUUCAGAUGCCUUGUCUCACUUGUUUCUGAAAUCUUGCCCCACAAAGCAUUUCAGAACAACAAUUGUCUAAUCAAUUAAAUCUUUCUAACAAGGAAGACAUGAAGCACUGAAUCACCUGAACUAGAUGAACAUAAAACCUAAUGUACUGAUUGGAAUAAUUUCUUGUCCUAGUGAUAACAACUGGUGCUUCUUCUGUUACAAUUAGCCAUACUUCCAUAGGACUACAAAUGUCUAAAUUGCAAGAUCUUCUGCAAUUAAAAACAUACUUCUGUUAUGUUGUAUUUUGCAUCUCAAAGUGACUUAAUGUGCUUCUUGGCACCUUUCAUUUGACAGACAGGAAAAAACUCAUUUCCUUUGGGUUUAAAUGUCAGCUGAUGAGAAGAAUGAUGGAUGAUGAAUGAGUGUUAAUUACAGCUAAUUAUAGACUGACUAAUCUUUCCUGGUAUUAAAACUACUAUGAUG